GAUAUCGAGGCCGAGGGGACAGGAGGCUCAAAGCCAGAGUACAUCGGCGUCCCCAUGGAUGGGAGGAUGAUGAGAAGCAUGAGGCUGAAAGAGGAGGAGACACCGGGACAAGGCUACACAGCGUCCUGCCUCUGCGGCUCUGCCCCCUGCAUCCUGUGCAGCUGCUGCCCCUGCAGUUAUAACUCCACCGUGAGCCGCCUCAUCUUCACGGCCUUCCUCUUCCUGGGGGUGCUGGUGUCCAUCAUCAUGCUGAGUCCUGGCGUGGAGAGUCAGCUCCACAAGCUGCCCUGGGUGUGUGAGAAGGGGGCCGGGUCCUCCAUCAUCCUGCAGGGCCACAUCGACUGUGGCUCUCUGCUCGGCCAUCGCGCCGCCUACCGCAUGUGCUUCGCUAUGGCUGCCUUCUUCUUCAUUUUCUGCCUGCUCAUGAUCUGCGUGCGCAGCAGCCGGGACCCCAGGGCUGCCAUCCAGAAUGGGUUUUGGUUCUUCAAAUUCCUGGUUUUCGUGGGCAUCACUGUGGGCGCCUUCUACAUUCCUGAUGGCUCCUUCUCUAAUGUCUGGUUCUACUUUGGCGUCGUGGGCUCCUUCCUCUUCCUCCUCAUCCAGCUGGUGCUGGUCAUCGACUUUGCACACUCCUGGAACCAGCGGUGGCUGAGCAAGGCCGAGGAGUGCGACUCCCGAGCCUGGUAUGCAGGCCUCUUCUUCUUCACCAUCCUCUUCUAUGCACUGUCGAUCACGGCCGUGGUGCUGCUGUUCAUUUAUUACACCCAGCCUGGCGCCUGCUACGAGGGCAAGGUCUUCAUCAGCCUCAACCUCACUCUCUGUGUCUGCAUCUCCAUAGUCGCCGUCCUGCCCAAGGUCCAGGAUGCCCAGCCCAACUCAGGUCUGCUGCAGGCCUCCGUCAUCACACUCUACACCAUGUUUGUCACCUGGCUGGCCUUAUCCAAUGUCCCUGACCAGAAAUGCAACCCCCACCUGCUGACCCACUUUGGCAACGGGACAAUCCUGGCAGGCCCCGAGGGCUAUGAGACCCAGUGGUGGGACGCACCGAGCAUCGUGGGUCUCAUUGUCUUCAUCCUGUGCACCUUCUUCAUCAGUCUGCGCUCCUCAGACCACCGGCAGGUGAACACCCUGAUGCAGACAGAGGAGUGCUCGCCGGUGCAGGAGGCCACGCAGCAGCAGGUGGUGAUCUCUGAGGGCCGAGCCAUAGACAAUGAGCAGGACAGCGUCACCUACAGCUACUCCUUCUUCCACUUCUGCCUGGUGCUCGCCUCUCUGCACGUCAUGAUGACACUCACCAACUGGUACAGACCCGGUGAGACCCUGAAGAUGAUCAGCACGUGGACCGCCGUGUGGGUGAAGAUCUGUGCCAGCUGGGCGGGGCUGCUCCUCUACCUGUGGACCCUGGUAGCCCCCCUCCUCCUGCCCAACCGCGACUUCAGCUGAGGCAGCCCCUGCAGCUGGCCCACCUGCUGCCUCGGGGCUCAGUGACAGCAGGCUGAGUCCCUGCCCCACCUCCGGGACUUGCCCCUGAGCUGGGCCUUCUGUUCUUAGUGCCUUCAGGGAGGAGGAACGUCAGGUCCAUGCCUGAGCCCCGCCCUCCCACUGCCCCGACCACAGAGCUGCCUCCUCUGUCCCCUAGUCCCCACUAGCCCACACUCACCCUCCUGGGAUAAAAGGGCCCCUUGUUCUAAGGCUCUCCAGGGGAGGGUCCUGACUGAGAGAAACACUGAGAGCCACUCAGAGAGCGGCAGCAUUUAGCAGGAUGGGGUGCCCAGCUCUGAGGCCCGGGUAUUCCAGACUACGGCCCCCAGGGCACCCUGUCCCCUUCCUAGACUUUGUGCCUUACUGAGUCUCUAAGACUCUGCCAAUAAAGAAGCCAGUAUGUGUGCCUCCCA